AUGGAAAUUGUAAUUAAUAAUAUUAGUGGUUUAAAUAAUAGUUUUAAUAAUAAUAAUAAUAGUAAUAAUAAUGAUGAAAAUGAAAUUAAUUUUAAUUUGAUUAAAGAAUCAAUUGUAAAUUUUAAAUUAUGGGAUAUUAAUAAUAAACAAAUUGAAUAUGUUUGUAGAUUAGGAUCUGGAUCAUUAUGUAGAGUUUAUAAGGGUAGAUUAAAUGGUAAACCAGUUGCAAUUAAAGUUUUUUCACCAAUUAGAUUCGAAGAAUUUAAAACUGAAUUUUUAAUGAUGCAAUCAUUAAGAUCAUCACCAUUUUUAAUUUCAUUUUAUGGCGUAUCAAUAGUUGAAGAACCUCAAAAACAAUGUUAUUGUAUAAUUACUGAAUUUUGUAGUCGUGAUUCUUUAUAUCAUAUAAUGACUGAUAGAUUGAUAGAGAUAGGUUGGAAUCGUUUCUUUCAAUUUUCAAUGCAAAUCAUAUUGGGUUUACAAUCAUUACAUAAUAGAAAACCCAAACCAAUUGUUCAUAGAGAUGUUACCUCUUUGAAUAUAUUGGUAAAUGAGGAUUGGGAAUGUAAAAUAUCAAAUUUUAGUGCAAGUAGAUUCAAUUGUUUAAAUACUGAAUAUAUCAAUAGUAAUAAUCAAAAUAAAUCAUUUGCAUUUUGUUCACCAGAAUCAAGUGAUUUUCAAGAUAUUGAUGAUGACUAUACUAGUUUAUCAUCAUCAAUUACAAGUAAAUCUGACAUUUAUUCAUUUGGUAUUAUAAUGUUUGAAUUAAUUAGUAGAAUUAUAAAUGGAGAGUAUUCCCAUCCAUUCAGUGAAUUCAAAGAUAUAAAAAAUGAUUUUCAAUUAUUAUUAUCUUCUAAAAAUGGGUUAAGACCAUCAUUACCAAAUAUUUGUCCAGAACCAUUAGAAAAACUUUAUAAACAAUGUGUUGAUCAAUCACCAUUAAAUAGACCAUCUUGUGAAGAAGUAAUUAUAUCAUUAAAUCAAAUUAGAUCAUUUUAUCUUUUACCACAAACAAAAAAAUCAUGGGAUAAUUUAGUUUUAAAAAAUAAAUGUAAAUAA